AUGGCGGCUUCGAUGGGAAUCCGAUUUCAUCCUACGGACGAGGAAUGCAUGUCCUUUCUCCUCCACGCAGUCACCGGCGACCCUCUCCCCGGCAUCUCCUCCACCGCCGAUCUAUUCGGGGAAAAGGAGCCGUGGGAGUUCUUUUCCGGCGAGGAGAAUAUCCAAGAGCGCUACUUCUACACACGGCUAAAGAGGGUCAGCAAGAAGAAGAACAACAACUCUAAGGUUGGCAGUUAUCAUCGUUAUUGUCGUAAUAUUGGAAAAGGCACGUGGUCCAACAAGGGCCGAAAGGUCCCUAUUCAUGGGGACAGAGGCUCGUUAUUGGGCCAGAAGAGGACGUUUCGUUACGAGUCGAGGAAGGGUAAUUACUCGGUUGGCGAGUGGACGCUGAAGGAGUACUCUCUUCCCGACAGCAAGUUGGGACAAGUGAAGCCCGAGUUUAAGGAUUACGUGCUUUGCCUUGUGAGAAGGAAAAAGGACAAAAACAAGAGACGUGAUUCAGAGGCGGCCGCAGAAGCAGAUUUGCCCUACUUGCUGUCGACUUUGGUUAAUCGUCCGCACGUGCAAGGAGGGAUGUCACGUGAUGAAAUUUAUUGUGAUGAUUAUAAUUCUGGAGUGUCGACUUUGGGUGAUCAGUCGUCACAUACACGACAACUCGGAGGGUAUUUUGGGGAUUCUUCGACUUUGGGGCAAGCAAGCAAUGAUUGGAUGAAAUCAGAUGUUGGUGUGAUUUGUGUUGAUGAAGAAGAGGAGUGUGCUGUCCAGGAACCGAUCAAGUUUGACGAUGACGAUGCUGGUUUUGGGGCUCUCACAAGUUUUGACGUCGUGGAUGAUUCAUAUGAUGAAGAGAGCAAAUUGUUUCGGAACCUCGACAAUUGGCUUCGACAUUGUGCUGCUGUUUGA